AAUUGAAAUUCGGCCAUCAGCCAAGUGUUGAUGGUGGUUUUCUGCCAGUUUCACUAGGGUUGAGAGUUAGUCUGCUCCCAGGGAGGCCCAACCAAAAUUUCGGCUUCUUGACAAGCUAGCUCUGACUCUGCCGUCGAACAAUCUGGAUCUCCUUUCAUUCCAUUUUGAAAAUUUUCCAAUUUUCUGUUUCUUUUUCUUUGAAGGGCAAGUUUGAGUUGCUUCCGGAGCUUCCUCCAACCACCGUAUCAGCUCGAUUGUUCAAUUUGUUCGAUGGCCCGUUAUAAGGUUUUAGUCUGGCCAUCGCCAGCAUACUUGUGCAUGUGUGCGCACAGAAUUUUUCACUUUUUUUCCUCUUAUUAUUGUUCUAGCUGGCUCCAACCGAGCAUAUGAAAAGUCGGCAUCGUAAAACCCAGAAUUGCCGGAUUCGUGCAAUGGUCAUUGAUAGAGUCGGUGGUAGGACGAUUCGAGAUGCCGAACGCUGCGGAGUUCCUCAAAACAGAGUCGUUGACGGAGACCUCUAAUUGCCGACUUCAAUUACGACCAACUUGCCGUGGCUCAUAACGCUCACUUCACAAAAUUGUUCCUCAAGUCGGCGGCGACACACCCGCAGACGCCGACUUCUAUUAAAAGCCAAGGGCUUCGUCCUUCCUCUAGCUCCUCUUCCACCCCAACCAUGUCCUUCGUUUUGCUCUAAUUUUCCGAAACUUUAAAAGCUCUUCACUAUCACACCACCUAUUAAAUAUCCCCUAUUCCCCAAUGAACAUUACUUUCUCUUUACCACCCACAGUACAUGCGCUACUUAUACUUCCAACCAAAGCCCACUCCCAAGCCAUGGACUCAUCCCCACCUCCAGAAGCUCGUCUCCCUCCUCGACCACUUCUCCACGAAGCCGCAGCUUCUCCAGAUCCACGCCCAAAUGAUCCGCACCAACCUCGCGUCCAACACCUUCCUAAUGAGCCGAAUCAUCGCUUUCCUAACCUCCCCUUCGGCCGAAUCCAACAUGGUCUAUGCCCGCCGCGUGUUCGAUCAAAUUCCCCACCCAAAUUUGUUCCUUUGGAACUCCACGAUCAGGGGUUACACCCAUCACGGUGCUCCCGAUGAAGGAUUAUGUGUCUAUAGAUUGAUGCUGCGUAGAUGCGCUUCUCCCGAUAGCUACACCUACGCCGUCGUAGCGAGCGCCUGUGCACGGCUUAGUAGCUUCCCGACUGGCCGGGCGGUUCACGGCAUGGUUUGCAAAAGCGGUUUCGCGGCGGACAUGUUUGUCGCGUCCGGUUUUGUCAACUUCUACGUCGUUUGUGGGGAGAUCGCACUCGCGAGAGACGUGUUUGACGAAAUGCCUCACAGAGAUGUCGUCUCUUGGACGUCGAUGUUGUCCGGCUACGCUUAUAUGAAUAGGUGGGAGGAUGCUUUAUGUCUGUUUAACGAGAUGAAGUUGGCGGGUGUUGAGCCCAACAAGGUCACGAUCGUGAGCUUGCUCUCGGCAUGUCGGUUGUCGAGAGACAUCGAUAGAGGGAGAUGGGUUCUCUCCCAAAUUGCCGAAUGCGGAACCAAUUUCGACGUAGAUGUUGGUAACUCCUUAAUAAGCAUGUACGCAAAGUGCGGUUGCAUGUCGGAAGCUUUAAAGGCUUUCAAGGACAUGCCUUCGCGAUGUACAACGACUUGGAAUGCUUUAAUCAGCGGUUUUGUUCAGAACGGACUUCACGAGGAAGCGCUAUCUAAAUUCGAGCUAAUGCUAGAUUCUAACUCGAAGCCGGAUGAGAUUACUACAGCAAGUGCUCUUACAUCCUGUGCUCACUUAGGCGAUCUUCAAAAGGGAAAGUUUCUUCACUCUUAUAUAAAGGAUCACAAGAUUGUUUGCGACACCCCGCUUCAAAAUGCCUUGCUGAAUAUGUACGCGAAGUGUGGAGAACUAGCAAUGGCCGAGUCCAUCUUCCGCAAGAUGCCACAAAGGGAUGUUUUCUCUUGGACGGCUAUGAUAUGCGGUUAUGUGCAAGGAAAUCGGUUUACGAAAGCCUUAGACCUCUUCGAAGAGAUGAAGUUUUCGAAUGCGGAAGCUAAUGAAGUGACGUUGGUUACUCUACUCUCCACUUGUUCCCAGCUCGGGGCUCUCGACAAAGGGAGAGAGAUUCACGUGUAUAUAGAGGAGAACAACGUGACGAAAGACGCGUGCCUCGAAAAUGCGUUGAUUGAUAUGUAUGCAAAGUGUGGUUGCAUCGAUGUCGCGUGCCGAAUCUUCAACAAUAUGCCUAACAAAGAUAUAUUUUCAUGGAACGCGAUGAUCGGAGGGCUUGCAAAUCACGGAAACGGGAGCGACGCAAUAGAGGUUUUCAACAAAAUGCUUAAAAUCGGGGAUGUGAAGCCGGAUACAGUAACUUUGACGGCUGUUCUCGGCGCGUGUGCCCACGCCGGAAUGGUUCGCGAGGGAUUCUACUUCUUCGAGACUAUGCCUAAACUAUAUGGUAUUAUUCCUGAACGGGAGCACUAUGGCUGCAUGGUGGACCUAUUGAGCCGAGCCGGGCUGAUAGACCAAGCGCAAGAUUUUAUCGCCAGAAUGCCACUAGAGGCCAACUCGGUGAUGUGGGGGUCGCUUCUCGCAGCUUGUCGGUUACGCGGUAAGACGGAAUUAGGAGCGAGAAUUGCAGAGCGAGCCAUUGACUCGGUGCGUGAUGACGAGGGAGCGCAUGUUCUCGUAUCGAACUUAUAUGCGCAAGCCGGUCGAUGGGAUGAUGUGAAGAGGGUGAGGACACUGAUGGGGAGUAAAGGGAUCGAAAAGUCCCCCGGAUUUAGUUCCAUUGAAGUGAAUGGUGUUGUUCAUGAGUUCCUUGUUGGAGAUAGAAUUAUCCAUGAAAAUGAGGCAAUCUUUUCAUGCUUGAUGGCCCUGCACUCCAAUCUGAAGCACAUGUUUGUAAAAAUGUGUGAUGUCUCGUAGUGAUGGUUUUCGGCUAUUUUUUGAUUUCAUGGCCAAAUUCCAGCUUGUUUAUAGCUUCUCUCUCACUCUGAUCUGAUUUGUGAUUAUUGCCCAUGUAUUUUUUUUUGUUCCCAAUUGAGGAGUAACACUAUGCUAAAAUCUCCUCUUUUGCUAUACAAUUGUGAUUGGUUGUAUGCAGAUGCCACUGGUAAAUGAUGCUAAAUUAUGAGAUAUUUUGAUGAAAUUUAUUCA